CAACAGUAUCGUUUUACUGUUCAGAUGACUUUACAAAGCAAAGUUAAUUUUGAUUUUGAUCGGGAAGUAUAUAAGGUAAUAAAGAUUAGCACCUUAAUUAGUCUAAAGAUUGAAGAUAUUGCAACUUCUUUGGUAGCAAACCAAUUCAGUAUCACUAACGAUACUUCAUAUUAACAGAGCUUUUUGUUAUUAUGAAGCAGUAACACAAUAAAUGGACUGACUUUCGUGUUUACAACUUUUGAUGAAGUCAGAACUAAUAGUGAUUUUGUUCAUUGAACAAGAAAUUCAAUUACAUUGUUAAUCAAUCCAGGAAAUCUGGAUUACAAAAUGCUCUUCGGUUUCAAUGUAAACCCAACUUUGAUCAACAUAUUUUGUGGUUGUUUAAUCGUUUGGUUGAUCAAGUAUCUGUUCAACUUUAUUAAUCGAAUUCAUAAACUUCCUCCUGGUCCAUGGGGUCUACCCAUUGUUGGUUAUUUGCCAUUCAUCAAGAAAGAUGCUUAUAUUCAAAUGACUGAACUGGCUAAAAAGUAUGGACCAGUAUUCAGCUUUAAAUGUGGUCAGUUUGAUGUGGUUGUGAUCAAUGGAACUGAGCUAAUGAAAGAAGCUCUUGUAAAUGAACAAAUACUCGAUCGUCCAAAGGACUUCUUUACUCCUGGAAUGACCAAGAUACCUUCAUUGGUUGAAAUGUCAGGUGAAGUCUGGCGUCAACAGCGACGAGUUGCUCUAACAAUAUUUCGUAAUGUUGGUCUUGGUAAAAGUAAAUUAGAAGAGAAAAUUAAAGAAGAAAUAAACUUUUUCACUCGAAAAAUUGAUUCAUUUGAAGGUAAAAAGUUUAACUUCGAUGAUUUGAUUCACCUUAGUGUUGCAAAUGUGGUCUCAAUCAUUUUAUUCGGUCAUCGAUAUGACUAUGAGGAUCCAUUUGCAAUUGAAAUGGCCAACAGUUUAAAGAAAGUUAAUCAAAACUUUCAUUAUUUCUAUGGACUUACUUUUCUUCCAUCAUUUUAUAACUUCAUUUCUUCCUUGAGUUUUUUGUCUCCUAAUUACAAGAAAAUGGUACAAAAUCAAAUGCAACUCGAAGAUAAAGUAACCACCGAAGUAAAGGAGCACCUCGAAAAAGGUGAUUCUCGUGAAAUCAAUGAUUAUAUUGAUGGCUACUUGGAAGCAAUAAAUAAACAGAAAGGCGAAAACAAUUAUUCUUUUAACCUGGAAACUUUACGCAGAAAUGUUGCUGACUUUUAUGCUGCAGGUUCAGACACAAUAGCAGCUACUCUUAAGUGGAUAAUGUUAUAUUUAGUUUUAUAUCCUGAAUGUCAACAGCGAAUUCAAGAUGAGAUUAAAGAAACAAUUGGAUCUGAACGUGAACCUGAAUAUGCUGAUAGACAACAAAUGCCUUACACAAUGGCCUUUUUGUAUGAAUCGCUCAGACUUUCGUCAAUAGUUGCUCUUAAUGUAUACAGAAGAGCGACUCGAGAAACACACAUUGCAGGUUACAUAAUACCAAAAGACGCUUUUGUCGUAAUGAACUUUUGGUCAGUCCAUCGAGAUCCAAAUCUUUGGGACGAUCCAGACUCUUUCAAACCAGAACGAUUUCUCAAUGAAGAUGGUUCUAAGGUUGUCAAGUCAUUUAAUUUCUUUCCAUUCAGUGCUGGUAAAAGGGUUUGUCCUGGGGAAAAUUUGUCAUGGAUGGAACUUUUCCUUUAUCUUGUGUCGAUUCUACAAAAAUUUCGAAUCGCAGCUCCAGAGGGAGAAAGAAUAUCUUUGGAAUCGAAAUUCAUGUUCACAAUAUCGCCAAAGAAACCAGUUGAGCUUGUUUGUAAAAGAACGUAAUGAAUUAAAAAUUAUUCAAUUUGCAAUUAAACUUAAGAAUUUUGAGUAAAAUUUGAUAUUUUUGCACCAGAAAAGUGCAUGAUCAAAAUAUACAGCGAAAUUCAACUCAAAUCAAUAACUCUCAAA